AUGAAUAACUCUACUAGUCAAGCAUAUGAUGAUGAUAGUAUUUAUGGGUACAAGCCUAAUAUGGGAGCAGCUGGUUUUUUCACAGCAAUUUUCAUUAUAACAACUUUAAUAAUUAUUCCAGAAGUGUGUCUACUUUCCAAGAGAUAUCAAACUAGACAUGAACAGAGAAUAGGAAACAACAUAUAUGUUGAUAAUUUACCAAGAAAAUAUAUUCCAAAAAAAUUAGGUGAGACAUAUAUAGCGUUAAUAUUCGGUGGGAUCUUAGAAAUUGGUGGUUACAUAGCUAGAUGCAUUUCUGUAAAGAAUCCAGAUCGUUUGGGUCCUUAUUGUGCUUCGGUUGUUUUAAUUUUAAUUGCACCAACAUUAAUCGCAGCUUCAAUUUAUCAACUUUUUGGUAGAAUGUUAUAUUUUUUGGAUUGUUCUGGGAUGACUAUUGUUCCAACUAGAUAUCAUACUGUAGUAUUUGUCAUGGGGGAUGUUAUUAGUUUUUGGAUGCAAGCUGCUGGUGGAGGUAUGAUGGCUUCAUCAUCUUUAACCAAAAUUGGUGAAGGUAUUGCCUCUGCAGGUCUUUUCAUUCAAAUCAUUUCAUUUGGUAUUUUCAUCAUUACGGAAAUCAAAUUUACUAGAAGUGCUACAAUCAAGUCUCAAUUAGCUCAAGAAUUGAUUCCAUAUUGGAAGAUUUUUAAUCUAAAUCUGUUGGUAUGCAGUCUUUUGAUCUUCAUCAGAUCUAUUGUCAAAGUUGCAGAAUUUUUAGAUGGUUGGACUGGAUUUAUUCAAAAUCAUGAAGUGUUUUUAUUUGUAUUUGAUGCUAUGCCAAUGUUUUUCGUUCUAUUAAUGUUUGCCGUAACGAUUCCAAUCUAUAAUAUCUUUAAACUCUAUGACGCUAGAUCAUACGUUGAAACAAGAGGUGGUACUAUUCAAUAUGCAGAAUCUAAAUUUGAAAUGAAUGAUGGGGUAGACAUAUCGAAAAAUUAUUUAAAUAUUGAUCCAGAAACCCAACACCAAGCAUAUAAAUCAGACGACCUUCAUUCCAAUAACUCUACUAUUGGUGAAUAUACACACCAUCAUUAA